AUGGCAUCUAAUUCUUGGUGGUGCUCGUCUUCUUCUGACGAAGAGGAGAUGUUUUUCGCAAACGCUGUGGUAAAGGCGGCGCAGAUUCUUUUAGAGGAGGAAGAAGAAGAGGAAGAUGAAGAUGGCUCGUCUGAAAACAUUGCUGAUGAUUUGGCGGGGCUAGACCCGUUUUUCACGCAACGACCCGAUGCUCGGAAUUAUGAAGGGUUCACCACGUUACAAAAGUGUACUGCGGUCGUUCGCCAACUGGCGUACGGGACAGUGGCCGACGUUUUGGACGAGUACUUACAGAUGUCGGCAAGAACUUCGCGGGAAUGUUUGUAUCGGUUUUGCCAUAAUGUGGUGAAACUGUAUAACAAACAAUAUUUGCGGAAACCAAACGCGUAUGAUGUUCAACAAUUGUACCAAGCUCAUGAAGCAAGGCACGGGUUUCCGGGAAUGCUUGGUAGCAUUUAUUGUAUGCAUUGGGAGUGGCAUAACUGCCCGACUGCGUGGCGAGGCCAAUACACGCGAGGUGAUCACGGCCAUCCAACCAUAACACUUGAGGCAGUGGCGUCACAAGAUUUGUGGAUCUGGCAUUCUUUCUUUGGGCUCCCUGGUUCACUCAACGUGCUAUACCAAUCGACGAUCUUUAGCGAUGUCGUUAAUGGAACCGGUCCGGACACCCGUUUUACAGUUUCAGGGGUUGAGUAUAUACGCGGGUAUUAUCUUGCUGACGGAAUAUAUCCGUCUUGGUCUACAAUUGUAAAGACUAUUUCAUUUCCCGAGGACGAAAAAAGGAAAAAAUUCGCCAAGCGUCAAGAAGCUGCAAGAAAAGACAUCGAACGUUGUUUUGGUGUUUUACAAAAAAAUGGGCCAUCAUUCAAUAACCGGCACGUGUUUUCACACCGAAGAGGUUGCGCCUUUGUAUGUACGCUUGCAUUUUGCUCCAUAACAUGA